AUGCCUCCUCCAACCCAACAAUCCCGCCCCUUCUUCUCCACCUUCCUCGCCGCCUUCCGCUCCUCCCAACUAUCCUCCACCCCCAUCAUAAGCCACCCCAACUCAUCCUCCUCUCAUCCAAAACCCGUACACGCACAUUCGCAUUCACAUUCGCAUUCUCCAUCGCAAUCCAGCCCGUCGCAACCCCGUCAAAUAAGUACCAGUACAAAUCCUAGCUCCAAAUCCACAUCCACAUCAUCCACCACCAACACUCUCCUCGGCAUCGAUCGCAAUCGCGCCGCAAAUACAAAUACAAAUACGAACAAUACGCCCAUAGGAAGUUACGAAUCAAUCCCCAUCCCAAUACCAACAUCAAGUCCCAUCUCUACAUCCACAUCCUUUUCACCAAACCCAAACUCAAACCAAAAUCCAAACACCAACAUAAACACAAGCCAAAAUACAAAUAAAUACAAAAGCAAACUCCAAACAAAAGAAAGAAGAGGAAGCGAUAGUAGUUCGGAAGCAGAAGGGGGGUUCAGAGAUGUAAUGGGUAUGGAGAAAUGGUAUAUAGGGGGUAGGACGCAGAUGGGAGAGGAGAGAUAUUUUCGGUUGGGGGUGGUGGGGAGGAAUGGGGGGAUGGGGGGAGGAGGAGGAGGGGGAAGGGGGAGGAGGGGGAGUGGGGGAGAGAGGAGUUUGGAUCGUUUGAGUUUGUAG